AUGGAUCCAGAACCGACAAAUAAUGAAAAAAAAUUUAUUGAAUUCAUAUUGUUUUUGGACUGUAUCAACAAUUUAGAUGCUUCUCUCAACUUUCCUCUUAAUUUCAAUGUAAAUAUUGAGUUUUAUGGCAACUUGUUGAGUGUAGGAGAUGUUAUCGUUACUCUGAUGGAUACUGAUGGAAAAAUUGAUUUAGAAGUUCCUUUAAAUUUCCCUUUGGACGAAAUUGUAGAAUACAACAAGUUUGCUUCUCAUCCUAUGCUAAUUUUUUUUGAAUCACUAAAUGAAAUUGAACAAACCCCUCAAAAAUCAACAAUCAAUCAUAAAAGCAAUAUUAAACAGACGUGGGUCUGCAUCGUGGACUUGUUGUCUUUGGUUUAUGAUGUCACUAGUGUUGGAUCGGAGCCACGUGUCAAGGUGUGCGGACAGUAUCCGUUGAAGGCGAUCGGUGAGCGCAAUCAGAUUUUGCUGUCGGACACCGCGCACCUGAAUGCGACCAUAUCGUGUCCGGACGGACUGAGUCGGAUCAGAUCGACUACGCCAAACAACGUUCUGAACAUCGCCAUGCACGGUCUGUACAAUCCAUCGAUAAGCGGCCAUCAACAUCACACUCGUGGCUCGGAUACAACGUGUUCGGCCCUACUGCACGUGCCAUCAGCAAUCGAAUCGGAAAUCCAUAGCACCGUAUUUGAGCGUGGCACAUACACGGAUGUAACGAGGGACGUAAACGAUCUGCGAUGGUUCAGCUUGGAUAACAUGCCGGCAACCGUAUCCACCACGGGUCAGAGGUUCGAGGAAUACAACGGCGUAGUGGUGAAUUCGGCAAAAAUUCCCGAACCAAAAGACGUACUGUUCAAAGGGCCCAGGUUCGAGUGGAAUCUAAGGAACCGAUUUCUUAUGAACGAAACAUCAGCAUAUGUAUUACAAGACUUCAUUUUCAAACAAAGAUAUCUACUUGUCACAUUUUUAUUUAACAAAAACAACCUAGUGAUGGUUAACAAUACAAGUAAAACACCCACAAGGGGAUCUAAUACGUCAUCAAAUACAAGCAUCAACAAUGAAGUAGUAUUUGUAGCCUUUUUGGACCUGUCAAUGUUGUUACAGCCAAAUUGCACUUCAAUAAGAUGCUUGUCCAUUGUUCAUAAUGUUGACGUAGAAAUUGUAAAACACAACGAAUUGACAUUCAAAAACUUUGACCUUGGCAAACUUAUAAAGACAAAUAUCGAAGAAGAUUUGAAAAAGUCUAGAUCUCGAAUACCGGUGCAGCUAGAAACGUCUGAUAGUGAAAGAGAGUACACUCAAGUGUCAACCGAAUGGACAUUUCCUUUUGUAGUUGUUGAUAUUUCCGUGGCUUAUUCCCUUUACGAUCAAUAUUUAAAUUAUUUAACAACAAGUCAGAUCACUCUGAUGCAGAUGAAUCUUAUUCCUGAAAGCCCACAAUCUUCGGAUAGAAUUAAUGAUCAAAAUAGUGUAGAAAAAUUCUUGAACGAACUUAAAAUUUCUGGAACUUACGAGUCAAUACAUUCGUCGUUGUUUGAUGAAAUUCAAUUGUAUAUUCGAGAAAAUUAUGGAGGUCCAUUAAUUGGUGAAACGAUUCAAAGUUUCGUAAAUCGUAUUUUCUUGGAUUUGGUGGAUAAAAUGAAGAGAGCAGUGGAAUCAUUCGAGYUUCCGAAAUCUGACGGUGUUGAUAACUUACAAUUUGAUCGUUUGAUCGUUUACGCCAGAGAAGCGGACGAGAUGGAACAGGAAGAACGUGCCAAAAUAUUUUACUUUGACUUAAACUCUACAGAUGGUGCAAGGUGUAACCCGAACUACUGGUUAUUAUACGCUAGUUUAUGCUCAAGGCGACUAGAUUUCGAUACGGCUUUGGAGUAUGUCAAAGAAGUGUUACUAGUCGACAGUGGCAACCGAAUCGGAUUAUUUGUAUAUGCCGCAAUACAGUUGACCAUCCACGAGGACAACAACAAUGGCGAAAUCGUGUUGAAAUCUUUGAUAAUGAGUCACGGAGACUUCAGCGAAGUGUACGCUUUGCUCAGUGUUCACUAUUCAAUACUGAACAUGUAUGAAUCUAGCUACAUCAUGCUGCAAAGGGCUAAAAGAUGUGUUGAAGUAGAUACAUUUGAAAAUGAUGAUCACAUUAGCAAAAAUCUAAUGAGUUGGACAMAAAUAAGUCAUAACAAUGAUCCAUUGAUUAAAUGUGCAAUUUUACUAUUGAAGUUCGAAUUAGUAAAAUUGGCAAAACAUUGCUUAAAAUUAGUGAACAAUGAAAGUGAAUCGUAUCAUUAUUACACAGCAUUAUGCGAGUACAAAACAGGAAAUCAUUUGGCAAGUUUAGAACAUUUAAAAAGUGAUAAAUUGAUAGAAAAAUAUAUCGGUGAAUUGGAAACCGCCGAGAGCGCACUGAACGAAGCAAACAUUAUGGAUAUAAAGAACGAGGAAGUGUGGGCAUACCUGACGGUGGUAAACAUMAAAAUGGGAAACGCUAAUGAAGCGAAAGUGUGUUACAUGCGAGCACUUAAGUAUGGACUACGGACCAAAAUUAAAAAUGAAAUAAAAACUUUAUUUGGAAAGGAUUUGGAUAUAAUAGUUGUAUGA